AUGGCUCUCGACCACGACGACGACAAGGCGGCGCUGAUCCGCAGUGCAUGCAGCCACCGCGACCUGCCUGCCCUGAUCGCCCUGGCCACCGGCCCGCAAGGCCUGCUCUCCGACGACCUCCGCCGCGAAGCAUGGCCCAUCCUUCUCGGCGCAAACGACGCAGAUGACCCCGUCGCGUGGGAGAAGCUGCAGCCCCACGCCGACGAAGACCAAGUUAAGCUCGACGUCAACCGGUCUUUUGUCUACUAUCCCAAUGACCUGUCCGAGGAACAGCUCGAUUGCCGCAAGCAAGAACUCUCCGACGUCAUCACCCAGGUCUUGCGCCGCCACGCGCGCUUGUGCUACUUCCAGGGCUACCAUGACAUCGUCCAGGUCUUCCUCCUCGUCUUGGGCGCUCAGCUCUCCGUCCCGGCCGUGACACGCCUCUCGCUGCUACGGAUCCGCGAUUUUAUGCUGCCAUCGCUCGAUCCCUCCGUCGCGCACCUGAACCUGCUCCCCGCCAUCCUCUACAGCGUCGACCCAGCCCUAUGCAGGCACCUGAAGCCCACCCAGCCAUUCUUCGCCCUGGCGGCCACCAUCACCAUGUACGCGCACGACAUACAAGAAUACGGGGAUAUUGCGCGGAUAUUUGAUUUCCUCCUCGCGCACGAGGCCGUCAUGUCCAUCUACUUGUUCGCGGCAAUCAUCCUCGCGCGCAAAGACGAGCUGCUAGAAAUCUCCUCGGAUGAGCCCGAAAUGCUCCACUUCACACUCUCGAAGCUCCCCCACCCCCUGCACAUCGAAGACCUGAUAGCCGAGUCCGUGUCACUGCGCGAGCGCAAGCCACCCGAAACCCUGCCCUCGCGCGCAUGGAGCUCCAUUUCGCAAUAUAGCGUGCUGAAGACGACGCAAGAUACGGAAGCGCUGGCGCAGCAGACACUGCAAGACGGGGAGGCGCUGUUCGCAAAGCAGACGGCGCAGGUGCGGCGUGCGCAGGCAUACCAGGCCGUGGUCAAGGGCGCGCGGAGGGGCUUGUACCGGUACAGGAAGCCGGCGCGCGGCAUUGCCUUUGCCGUGCUGGUCGGUUUCAUAGCGUGGUACUUGGGCCGGUCUGGCGGCAGCGGCGGUGCGGGUGUCAUGUCUUGGUUUGGCGGCGUAUACGAGCCGCUCAGGCGCGUCUUCAGCGCCGUCAGGGACAACCGGUAG